AACACGGCCACGAUUCAUCUCAUUAAUAUUUGGUGGCUAACGGACGCCACGAUCAUAUCCAAUAGAUCUACAAACCGCCUGAAGUGUGCAAAAAGAUCCUUUUUCUCCCAUUCCAUACUGGCCGCUAGGAGCAUGAUUCCGCCCACGGGUAAAAUCGACCGAUUAUUGGUCGAAUUGCGACCACGCUUGCAGUGUGCAAACUUUUUCAUUUCUUUUCCUCGCAAAUUUGCUGACAUCGAAUCGACGACCAUCGAGCUGGCGACCGAUCGGAUAACGAUCGUGAUGAAGGGCGAACGGGAGCGGUACGAGAUAAGUACGGGCGAUUUUUUUCAACUCCACACACAAACGCUUAGCUCGCUUGUUAUAAAAAAUCGCUACCUUUGCUUCCGGGUUAACACAAAUGAAGGCGUUUUCGAAGCGGAACGGUUGUCCACCCAGGUCUCGCAGGAAGGCACACAGGCUGAUGAACCGUUGAAGUUAAUGUGCAAUAUCGAAGCCCAUAAACCGUAUCGUCUGUUGUGCAGCAACUGUAGUGGGCCUUUAGUGCAAGAAACGGACAGUAGGAGUCCUGAUGUCGCGUUUAAACGUGUUCUGGAGCUGCCCUCGGAACAUCUAGAUACCGACGAUUGGUUCUGUCAUCGACACGAUCACGAAAACGAAGCAACAAAUGGUGGCGUUGUACAAAGCUCACCCUCCUCCAAACUGGAACCACAACCUGCCGAUCUUUUCUAUGGAUCAUUCUACGCUUUGUUGCACCGAUCGAUCCUGCACCGCGUACACAUCCGGAACGAACGGUUUGUGCACUGCAAGCGCUGUUUGCAGUUCCUCGGAACGACGCGUAAAAAUCAACCAUCCGUAAAGCUUUGGUACGAAAACAUUCGGUUCCAGCAAGGCGGAGAUCCGGAGCGUGUACCGAUUGCCCUUUUCCGUACGGACGAUCCGCUGGAACUGUUUCGCCUUCUCGUCCGCCGAACGGUGCGGGAGUUUAACUUCAUUACGCAUUUAGGAUUGCCGCCGACGAUCAAGUUGAUGUUUGAGUUGCGUCGUCCGGGACAGGAAGGAGACGUGUUUUAUCUGCUGAUGCAAAUCAUGGAUUGUCAGCUAAGCGUGUUUCGAGCGAAUCAAAAGCUGCCCGAUUCGGGAUCGUGCGAGUCCUGCUCGGAUGAUGUGGAUGAUGAUCAUCGCCGCCGGAAGGAGUGUGACGAAGGCCAAAGGUUGAAUCUGCCACCCCACGAAAAGGAUGAUGAUCGGACACUAGCGUACGGUGAAAAUGACGACGAAGAGGAUGAUGAUGUGUUCAUCGAUUGCCCGUACCGUAGGCAUAACAUCAAGCUGGAACGGUACCGCACGAUGAAGCUAAUGUAUCGGUACGAAAAGUACGAGGAGCAGCCACUGUUUACUUUCUGGCGUGAGGACAGCAACGUGGUCAACCUGGAGCUAUCGGAGCCAAUGUUUAGCGCAGCGAUACGGUACCUCGAUGCCAAUUCUAGUUACGUUCCGGAGUGUUACCGCAUCAAUCUCGGGUUUAGCAUGAGCUACUUGGAUAUUUCGUAAACAGGGUAACGUUUGUUGUGUAUGAAAAUAUUGAAAUGACUGUAUAGAGUGGAAAUAAAAAGUUUUUGAAUC